CUUUAUAUAUAAUUUUUAGCGGCCAUUCGUUCUACAGUCUUAAUUCACAGAAAAGAUGCUGGAGUUACAUGAUAUUGAAUGACAAAUGAGGCUGUCCGAUGGGUUGUUCGGCCUCGCUUCAUCAUCGUGUCGCUUCACGACAUCUGCCAUCGGCGAGAGUGAAGACAAUCGCUGUUCCUUUAUCAGCCGAUACGAAAAAUACACUGAGAGAAUCGUGGAAUCUUGUGGAGCCUGUUAAAACCGAGGCUGGAAAAUUGAUGUUUGUGAGGCUUUUUGAGACACAUCCAAACAUCCAAGACACGUUUCCGACAUUCAAAGGCGUCAGCUUAGACGAGCUGAUGAACUCUCGGUCCUUGUAUCUCCAUGCCAAGCGAGUUAUGGCUGCUGUUGAGAAUGCUAUCAAUUCAUUAGAUGAUGGUGAAGUCUUAACUGAGAGUCUCACAAGCCUGGGACAAAGACAUCAGGCUUGGUCUGUUACGGAAGACCACUUUGCGGUUGUUGGUGAAGCUCUACUAUGGACUUUGCAAGACAUGCUUCAGUCUAAAUGCACGAGUCAAGUGUUAGAGGCCUGGACAGAACUGUUUAAGUUCAUAACAAAAACGAUGUUAGGCGGGAUUCGCUCAAACGAAGCUGGUGACGAAAAAUAAUAUUUUUAUUAGCAUCGUACUAAUUUCCGGAUGGGCAUUUUGCACACAGUUUCAACGUAAGAGGCUGGAAAAACCAUUACAAGAUGACUUAAGGAUCCUCUAUCUCCCAUCCUUAGCCUUGGAUUCAACCAAGGGAAUAUCAAUUGAUAUUCUCUUGAUUCAACCCUUUCCCGAGGAGUUUUAUUAUUAGAAAGGUUCCCCAUCAAAAUAGAACUUUGAUAAUCCUACUAGUUUACGUCAAACAUCCGCUCGCAUCCCGCAUCAAUUGGGCAGCGAAAUCAGUUGCCACAAGAUCAGAGGUAACAGCUUAUAAUAUCUUGGUUGCCAUUGCUGAGUAGGUCUGUUCAGUUAUAGAUCACAGAAGACGUCAUAAUGUGGUAAGAUCAUUAGUGACUAACUUGACUGCGCCUCGUGUGCCACUUUUGGUGAAGAGAUGCAAGGCAACAUAAAAUCUAUUUGCUAAAGGGAUCAAAAACUUCCACUGUAAGAAAAACAGGAUACAAAGCAGCACUUGGCCUUACUACGGAAGAUUUCCGCGAAAAGAAGAAUAGCCAAGUUAUGAAAG